ACGUCGUGAAGUGACAGCAGCAGCAGCAGCUCGCGGUGAGAGGAGCGCUGCAGCCCCGUUUCCCGUUCGAGCACCGAGGCGGAUAUCGCAGCGAGCGAUCGGACGAGAUCCAGUGUCCGUGUGGUCGAUCAGACCUCCGAUUACCGGCCUAGCCAUGGACGAGCAUGCGGGCCCCGGUGUGUUCUUCAACAACAACAACAACUCGGUUCUUCCCGGCGGAGCGAAAGCGCCUCAACCGGGCGACGGCGACGGCGGCGGAGAGACGGCCCGCGCUCAGUACUGUAUCCCGGGGAUUCUACACUUUCUGCAGCACGAGUGGGCCCGGUUCGAGGUGGAACGGACGCAGUGGGAGGUGGAGCGGGCCGAACUGCAGGCUCAGAUCGCGUUCCUGCAGGGUGAGAGGAAAGGCCAGGAGAACCUGAAGAAGGAUCUGGUGAGACGGAUAAAGAUGCUGGAAUACGCUCUCAAACAGGAGCGGGCCAAACACCACAAGCUGAAGUACGGGACGGAGCUCAACCAGGGAGACAUGAAGCCACCCAGCUACGACUCGGAUGACGGCAACGAGAACGAGGCUCUUCCUGAACCGCCCAACAGUCAGCUGAGCUGGAAACAGGGACGACAGCUGCUGAGACAGUACCUGCAGGAGGUGGGCUACACCGACACCAUCCUGGAUGUGAAGUCUCAGCGGGUCAAAGCGCUGCUCGGUCUGACUGGAGACAGCGGAGAGAGACCCGGAGACAAGCGCACUGAGCCCAUGGUGAACGGGACCGAGCCGGCCUCGCUGAAGGACAGCACCACCACCAUGAUCGGUAAAGCGGAGAUGACGGAGUCCACCUCAGUGCUGGAAGCCUUCAAGUUCAUCGAGAAAGCUGCCGCAGAGUUCAGCGAUGAAGACGACGAUGAAGACAGCGAGGGACAGAACAAGACCAUCGUGGACCUCUCCACCAUGGUGAGGAGGAAGGUGUCUCCGUCUCCCUCCUCUUCCUCAGCUGACAUGAGCGAUGACUUGGACACGGAGGAGGUUCUGAAGGGCUUUGACUUCCUGGCCAAUAGUGAGGACAUGGAGGGUCCGUCUGAGGCGCCGUCCUCCGGAGAGCGAGCCGACUGGGAAAAGCAAGAGCAGAGCCCCUCGUCUGAGUCCUGGGACGUGGAUGAGGGUCUGAUCUCUAAACUCAAGGAACAGUACAAGAAGGAGCGCAAGGGCAAGAAAGGGGUGAAGAGUAAGUGGGAUAGGAACCUCUCGUGCGCCGCUCUGGAUGUGGAGCCCAUCUACACCUUCAGGGCUCACAGGGGUCCGGUUCUGUGUGUGGUGAUGAGCUCCAGCGGUGAGCAGUGUUUCAGCGGCGGUUUGGACGCGAGCAUUCAGUGCUGGAACACACCGAGCCCCAACAUCGACCCGUAUGACUCGUACGGUGCGUCCCUGUCCCCUGCAGACGCCAAGCCGUCGGUGCUGCGGGGGGCGCUGUCUGGACACACAGAUGCAGUCUGGGGUUUGGUGUACAGCUCGGCUCAUCAGAGACUGCUGUCGUGCUCCGCAGACGGGACGGUGAGGCUCUGGAGCGCAGCGGAUAUCACGCCCGCCAUCGCCGUCUUCAACCAGGACAAAGAGCUGGGCGUCCCGUCGUCGGUGGAUCUGGUCUGCAGUGAUCCGGCUCACAUGGUCACGGCCUUCACUAACGGCAGGUUGGGCAUCUUCAACAUGGAGACCCGACAGCUGGUGCUGGAGCUCGAGUCGCAAGCCGCCGGAAUACCCGGUACUUCACAGGCACUUUCUGAGAUUUUAGCCACAGGAUUCGAUGCGCCGUGUCAGAUUAAUAAAGUGCUCAGUCACCCGACGCUGCCCAUCACCAUCACAGCACAGGAGGACCGACACAUCCGAUUCUACGACAACAACACAGCUGUAUGGAAAUGUGCUGUAUUUGUGAAUGUUUCUCAGAUCACUAAUAAUAAAGACGCCCUGCGGAAGACGUGGAACCCCAAGUUCACGCUCAGAAACCACUUCGAUUCGAUCCGCGGCCUUGCGUUUGCGUUUCACCCCGUCGAGCCGGUUCUGAUCACCGCGUCUGAAGAUCACACGCUCAAACUGUGGAACCUGCAGAAAACCGCCCCGACCAAGAAGUGCGCCGCUCUGGAUGUGGAGCCCAUCUACACCUUCAGGGCUCACAGGGGUCCGGUUCUGUGUGUGGUGAUGAGCUCCAGCGGUGAGCAGUGUUUCAGCGGCGGUUUGGACGCGAGCAUUCAGUGCUGGAACACACCGAGCCCCAACAUCGACCCGUAUGACUCGUACGAGCCGUCGGUGCUGCGGGGGGCGCUGUCUGGACACACAGAUGCAGUCUGGGGUUUGGUGUACAGCUCGGCUCAUCACAGACUGCUGUCGUGCUCCGCAGACGGGACGGUGAGGCUCUGGAGCGCAGCGGAUAUCACGCCCGCCAUCGCCGUCUUCAACCAGGACAAAGAGCUGGGCGUCCCGUCGUCGGUGGAUCUGGUCUGCAGUGAUCCGGCUCACAUGGUCACGGCCUUCACUAACGGCAGGUUGGGCAUCUUCAACAUGGAGACCCGACAGCUGGUGCUGGAGCUCGAGUCGCAAGCCGCCGGAAAACCUGAUGCGCCGUGUCAGAUUAAUAAAGUGCUCAGUCACCCGACGCUUCCCAUCACCAUCACAGCACAAGAGGACCGACACAUCCGAUUCUUCGACAACAACACAGGCAAGUUGAUUCACUCUAUGGUCGCUCAUCUGGAUGCUGUCACCAGUCUUGCAGUGGAUCCCAAUGGUCUCUAUCUGAUGUCUGGUAGUCAUGACUGCUCGGUGCGUCUGUGGAACAUGGAGAGCAAGACGUGCAUCCAGGAGUUCACGGCUCACAGGAAGAAGUUCGACGAGUCCAUCAACGAUGUGGCGUUCCACCCCACCAAGUGCUACAUAGGCAGCGCGGGAGCCGACGCCCUCGCCAAAGUCUUCGUAUGACCUUCGAUCUCCGACCAAAAACUGCUUCCACAAACUCGUGCGUGGUCAAACUCGAACGGGACGGGAGUGCCGAGACCGAGAUGAUCCGGGCAGGCCUGGGUGCUCGAGGGGAAGUCAACAAACACGGAGGAACGCCAGAGGACGCUCCAAACAUCUCCGUUCAGCCUCACAGGAAGUUGGGUGCUUCCCACACUUCUGUAGUUCUAGUUCUCCUUGAGUUCCUCUUCUCCUCCGCCUCUCGAAAUUUCCCGUCUUGCGUUCGCUUCUUUUUAACGACGUGCCUUUUGCUUCAAAACGCGGAUCCUCUUUGAGGGAAAACGAACCCCGUCGAUGUUUUAAACUCACCAAAUGCAUCAAAUUAUUCGGACGGAAAGUAAAGUUCGGUUAAGUUUCUCACGCAGGGUCAAAAUCCUGUUCGGAUGCAGAUGAAAUGCAUUGAAUUAAAAGACUCAAAUGUAAUGCUUCUCUUGUCUGACGGACGAUCCUGUCAACAAUUAAAUAGAAUUGUACAUAAUAUUACAUAACUCAGAAAACGUACUAAAUUUCUACAUGUUUGUGUCCAAAUAUAAAUCCUCUAAACACUCCAAAGCCGUUCACCAUCAGGACGCACGUCUCGAUUCAGUGCUACGUUUAAUAUCUAAGCUGUUAUUUUACGCAUAAACCUGCAGUUUCUCCUGAGGGUUUGCAGUCGAACUCGCCUGUUCUGUGAAAUCAUCUCAACAUCGUGAUGUUGAGACAAAAUCUCGAUCAUUUGACUAGAUUUAGAGCCGUUUCUGAAUAUUCGUUGAACUUAGUCAAAGUGAUAAUGCGCAAAAGUCUUAUAAUAGUUUGAAUGUGUUGCAGUUUUUGACAAGCUGUACUCGGAAGUCUAUAUUUGUCUGAAAUCUGUUGUAAUGUUUAUUUAUUUUUUGCCUUUUUAAAAAUUUUUUUUUACUUGUUUUGCCUGUAAUGCCAAAUGCAGUAGGAUUUAGCUUCAGGAAGGGACGAGCGGCUACGUUACGUACAUAAACACCUUCAUCUGGUU